AGCGUAAGGUACUUGGAACUAUCAAACUUAGACGAUGAAUGCUCCAAGCAAGGUUGGUCCUCCGAUAUCGACGGAGGUGUACCUCAACAAUAGAACCGACCAAGAUUUCGGCAGGCUUGAUAAAAUAGAUUGGUGUGGAACCUCAAAGCCGCCGGUAAAUGUUCCGUCGCAACAGACACGAUAUUUUAUGCAAUUGGCCGAUUCCUUUUUAGGAUGCUCCGAAGGCGGGCUUGUGUUCGUCGUCAAUCAAGACAUUAAGUGGGUUGUUGCGUGGAGCAAUACGUUAGAUGAUAACAAGGUUUAUACUGAGAUUACUAAAAAAGAAACAAUUGAAUGGGACAAAAUCAAAGAAAAAUUGGAGAAGUCUACCAGCAAUGUAGAAGUGACUGAUGAAGGAUACAAGUCAACUGUGGACAUUGAUCCAUACAGUGUUAAGCCAAACGUUAAUGCAAAACUCGAGGAUGCUCCUGCUGCUUGAACACCUACUCUCGCGGUUUUAAA